AUGGUAGAGCCGAAAUGCGUCCCCGGCGUGUAUGAGUCCGCAAGUAUAGGGUGCGGCGCGGCGCAGGACAGCGUAGAGUUCAAAUCCGCUUGUCCUAGUACUGUGUACACUUGCUACGGCAGCUGGCAGGCCGGCGGCGUGGGCUACGUGGUGGCGGCGCCCGCGCAGCCGCGCGCGCCGCGCCCGCGCACCGUGUGCAUCGUCUACCAGCACCACGACAACAACGAAACCCACGGCGGCACGCUGUCCCUGAGCAUCGUGUCGCACUCGUGUGACCGCUCGGCUUCGCCCGGCCCGCCCGACAAGGCCUACAACCUCACUCUCAACGGUACUUGCGAGCAGAGCAGCAAGUACAACAGCCUGGCGGCGCGCCUCGCGCCCGCGUCGCUGCUGCUGGCGCUGGCUUUAACCCUCAGAUGAUACGUCGGCCGCUAGAGGCGCGGGAGCUCUGUUAACUUGCUACUGUGACUGAUUAUCCAGGGGGAACUUGUCAGUUAUGUUCAAAGAACUCGUAUAUACCAUAGAUCAUGCAAAUGUGUGACGUUAUCUGGGUAAAUGGACCUUAUUUUCGAUGGCACUUACGGCGUUAUGAGCGAUGUUCGUAUACAAUUAUAUAACGCCGCGGGACGUAAGCGCCACCGACAAUAAGGUCUCUUUACCCAGAUAAUGGCACAUGUAUCCACUUAGCGUGUCAAAUUAACUCAGUAAUAUCCACUGUGUUGUCCGUUUUUAAUCGCAGCUUUCGGGCGUCAAUUUUUGCAAGUUGAGUCAACAAAAACAUUAAAAAUGCCUCCUUACGUGAUAUAUAAUUGCAAUAACACAGAAAUUAUGACCAGUGACAACUUAAAGUAACAACUUCAGUACAAAAUCUGCUAUACAAGUAGAUGAACUUGUUUCUAUCUAAAUCUAAUUAUGUGGUUAUGUUAUACUUAGGUAAGAUCAAUAAGGGUAGGUGUGCAUAAGGGUACCUAACAGUGGCGACGCGUGAAAAUUUUUGUUGGUAAAGCCGAAGGGGUUUUUGGGAUCUAUUUUGUAUGGACUUCUACAGAUACUGCAGAAUUUUAGGGAACCCGUU